GAAAUGUAAUUACUGAUAUCCAAAAUAGCAACUGUUACUAGUAGAUAUUCCAUUGUUGAUAUCAAGAAUUAUAAUUUUUUUACAAGUAAACAUUGAAUUGUUGAUAUAAAAAAUUAAUAUCCUGAGAAUGAUAAAAAGCUAAUUCGGCCUGCCAUAGAAAGGAUCAUGCAGUUUAUUUUGAGGCUUAUAUAAAAAAUAGGGUUAAAACUAAAUAACUCUAAUUACCUAAAUAAACCCCGACCCCAACUAAAAUAAGAAUCGGUUUAGGAAAAAUAUGGAUAGCAUAAAACUAAACUUUAAAUCCCAAUGGAAUAAUAACAUAUUGUAAUCUGAAACCAACCAAAUUAUUAUAAAAACUAUAAACUACCCUAACCCACCUGCAACUAGACUAGAACUCAAUGUGAAAUAUUGAAAUCAAAUAACAAGGGAGAAGAGAAUUGAUAGCACACUCGCAAGUUUAUUUUCUUUUACUUUAUUUCUAGACAGUGGUCCAUCAUACAGCACAGGUGCCUCUGGUGAGGUCCGCAUUGGGGUACCCAUUACACUCCAAAAGGACUGACAUCCAGUCUUCAGUUUCCAAGCACCGUUCUUCUUUCCCUCCGUGUGCUUCAUCCAACCACCUGUCACCAUACUUACUUCCUACCAGCUCCUGGAACGGCCAGCUUCAUCUCUCCAGUCCCCAAAUGUCUUUCUUCAUCUGGUGCAGAAUGUCUACAUUUUAAAAUUAUUGUUAGAAGCCAAUAAAACAUGGAAAGGCCAGAGGAUCCUCAAACAUGGACUGAGUCAAUGGUGAGCGACUGGUUAAGGUCAAUAGGGAUUAAAGAAACGUACAUUAAAAAACUGCAUGAAGAGGAAGUAGAUGGUCGGGUCCUUCUUGAACUUUCAGAAGAUUUUCUGAAAAAAGAGACUGGAAUGAAAUCAGGGCCUGCACUGUUGAUAAUCAAAAAAAGAGACGAGUUAGGUAAAAGUUCACAAAAAGCCCAGAACCAGCAGGAGCGUUUGGAGAAACAAACUGGUGGAAAAAAUGACCAUGUGGCAAGUGGAAUUAAAACGAAUGAUUCCAGAAAUGAAGAGAUUAAAGACGAUUCUGAGUUUGUGAUUAAAACAAAGGGUGACUCAAAACUUCGACCUUUUGGUACAAAAGGUGAGGAUUUUACAUAUGUAGAAAGCAAUGUUCUCGAGCCAGAAUCAGGUGUUAUUGAUCUCAUUACUCCAUGUCAUGAGUAUAAGUCAUUUAAAAUAGCUGCAACACUGGACCGCCAAAGACUUCAGGCAAAGUUUGCAAAGGAAUUGCUGAAGUUUGCUACAGGGUGUGUUAAUAUGCGUACAAAUGGCACAAUACAUUUUGGUGUCAUGGACAGUAGAGGUGACACUGGUUAUGUUCAUGGUGAAAUUGUAGGUAUUCCUGUUAGAGAAAAAGACAUGUACUGCGAUGCAUUAGAUUACAUUGAAAGGAGUUUUGAUAGGUUUCAAAGUGAACGUAUACGUCCGUGUAUUGGUGUUCUGCAGUUCAUUAAGGUAGUUUGUUCAAACAGCAGCAAGGAACAUUACGUAGUGGAGGUUGAUAUUGAGCCCUCAGUGAGCAAAGUAAAAAAUAAUGUUUUCUCUGUGUGCCUUCCUAAUUUUAACGAGAACGCAAACAAAGUUCAGUUUGAAAAGAAAACUGCUUAUCGUAGAGUGGGUUCUAAAUCAGAUCCUGUGGUAGACCUUAAUCAGUUCUACCAAAAUAUGCCUCACAGAGAUGCUCAGAGAGAAGAAGCAGAGAAAAGGUUUAGUUUCACAACACCAGAACUGUGCCAGAACCUGGGGAAAAAGCUCAUUAUGCUCAUGACAGAUGGAAAGAAAAAAAUGGACAAGGACAAAUGGUACAUACUUGUUACCAACCGAUUUCAGGAGAAAGAUCUACAAAGCAUAGAUUUUUUGCUAAACAUGAACGUGCUUUGUGUAUUUGACUUUGAUGAAGAUUCCAACGUGUCUGGGUUAUGCCAUGAAUACAAUAAGCACCAUGUGGUAAAUCGCCAUUUCAUGCAGAACUACAAAAUUUCCAGUGGCAUGACCAUCAAAGACUUUGAGAGCCACCUUCAUUUGUUUGACCAAAUCAGCUGGAUAUUUUGCAAUGGUAGAAGUGAUUUCAAAGGCAACGAGCCUCCCUGUGAUGAGAAGACCUGGGUAAAAACAAAACGGACUCUCCUAAAAGAUUGUGUGUCACUGAUCUGCAAAGAUGUCUUGCCCAAAGGAACCUUUAAAGUCAUCUUUCUUCUUACUUCCUCUGUAGAAACACCUUUCCUAAACACAUUCUAUGAAUUCAUUACUGAUAUGAAGGGACACGAAGACAUUAUCUGCCUUGGAGAAUCAGUGGAAAACUUCAAGAAAUGGCAGACCUACGCUCUGGAAUCCUGUGACAUGGACACAGUGAACAAUUCAAGUGUUGUUGGAAUGACAAUAAGUCAGGUAAAUGCAACCCUCCAACAGGUCCAGCCUACCACUACACAGGCCUCAAAGAGACUGCCAAUCCAUGUCAAAGGGGAGUGCUUUCUUGAUCUUCGAGAGGAGGAAGUGAGGUUUUCUUUGGAGAUUCUGAGUCUAAACCACUGUGAGGAAACUAGUGGUGAUCUCAUUGAGUCUGAAAAGGAGACGAUUGAGCAGCAAUUUUACCAGGGAGGAAAAGUAACUUGGAUGAAUCUUUGGCUUGCAGAAAAAAAGGUAGUUGGGGAGGUUAUUCAAAGAGAUGCUUACAGUGAAGUCAACAGUCUUUUAAACGAUUGUCUCAUUUGGAGCUUAGAUCGAGGAUCUAUCAGUAUUAUCAACAUAUACCAUCAUCCUGGAAGUGGUGGCAGUACAGUGGCAAGGCAGGUUCUGUGGAAUAACAGAAGGGCUCUAAGAUGUGCUGUUGUGAAACAUUCUUACUCAGCAUCUGUUGUUUCAGAGCAUGCCGUUUGGCUUCGGGAAUAUGAAGAGAAAGAUCUCCAAAAAUGCCUUCCUGUGCUCCUUCUAUUUGAAGAUUGUGAGCAGGAGUAUUUGGAAGAUGUAAAGUAUGAAUUGGAAGUGGCUGUCAAUACUAAGAAAAUAGCACGUGGAACUCUAUGCUUCAUUCUACUAAGUUGUAGACGGUCUCACCAUCCAGAGAAAAUGUGCAAGGAAUCCCCUCAUCGGAAUGUUUCUGUUACUCAUAAACUUUCAGAUGCAGAGAAAAAUCAAUUUUCAAAAAAACGACAAAAGCUUGAAGAACAAUUCAAACCAGAAUUCAUUCUAACAUUUGUCCUUAUGUGUGAGGAUUUCAAGAGCCACAAAAUCACUGAGUAUGUUAAGCAAUUUGUCAAGCAUUUACUUCAAGGCAUUGACCACACAUCUGUUGUUACUAAGCUUGUUCAGUACGUGGCAUUGCUUAACACUUAUGUGCAGAAUUCUUUUAUGUCACUGUCACAUUGUGAAUCCCUGCUUGCUCUGUCCAUCCAUAUGGACAGAUUUCGACAACAUUCCUUUGAGACUGCUUUAAGUGAGCAGGCUAAGUUGGUCUUAAUACACCUGAGGGAUGAAAACACAUACAUUACUUCAAUCAGAAUCAUUCACCCACUGGUUGCAAAGGAAAUCCUUCACCAACUCAUGGGUGACAAACAACAACAAAGUGAUCUUGCUUUGGAUCUUCUGAACAACGAUGUGCUUUUUGAGCACAGGUUCGGUAAAGAUCAGUACAUUAAGUUCUUACGAGAUCUGUUCAUAACGCGACACAAAAUUAUUAAAGGUGAUGAAAUUGACAGCUUUUUCUCCCCCCUAAUUGACCACGUGAGAGAGAAUGAGUGUCCUGACAAAGCUAUAAAGCUUCUUAAGGAGGCCUACAAGCGUUUUAAUGAGGAUGCACUUUUUGCUCAACAUCUGGCUCGUCUCAAUUACAAGCAUGACAGAUUUGAGGAUGCAGAAAAGUGGGCAGAAACUGCAGUAGCAAAAAGGCCAAACAAUUCUUACAUUCUUGAUACCAAAGGACAAGUAUACAGACAGUGGUUUACAGCAAAAUGCAAAGCCAUGGAGCAAAAUGAAAAAACACCCGAAAACACUGUAGAUGCUGUGGAAACUGCACUCAAAGCAAUUGAAUGUUUUCAGGCAUGUGGGAAGGCAGCUGUUGCCGACAAUGAGACCAUGAACAAUGCUGGUUUUUUUGGGGUAGUAGAAGUUGGAUGUGUAUUGCUGAAGCUCAUUUCAUCCCUCCAUGUCUUCUCAAGACCUAAUCAUUACCAGUUCAUGAAAUACCUUCUCACAGAUUAUAUUCCUGUGGAUAUAGAAAAACCAUGGGAACAUUUUCAUUGUAAACUGAAAAAUCUCCAAAAAAACAUGCUGGAGGCAUUGGAAUGGGUUUCUGAGGACUUGAGUUACUUCCAAACUGAUGUAAACAGAGAUGAGGAGAAGACCAUAAAGCAUCCCAUUCACUGGCUGGUUAAUAAGACUUCUGUUUAUGGCCAAUACUUUAUUGAUGCUUCUCUAACAAAAAAUCAAAGCCAAGUUAGGUUAACACCUCUUAUGAAACGAAUGAUGAUUUAUUAUAAUGGUGGGGGAAACAUCACAACAAUCUUUUCCAUCCUAACAAACCAAAAACAUGAUGAUCGUCAAAGUGUUCUUGAGCGCAUUAUUUCAUUUUACCCAAGCAAUCCUAUCAGUGCAAACAUGCCACAGAAGGACCUUGUCAACUACAUUGCGUCACACUUUGCAUUAAGUUGCCUCUCAAUUCAGUCUAAUAAGUUAGCUGCAUUUCAGGAUCUGCAAAAGUUGAGUAACCAGCUUCCUAAAGAGAAACAGAAAUGUUUCCCAAAUGCUCUUUUCUUACUUGUCUUACUUUUCUGGCCAGAAGAACAUGACACUGAAAAGGAAAAGGAGCGCAAGUAUGAAAUUGUUCUCUCUACUGUUGAACACCUCCAGAGAUAUUAUGAAAAGAAAUUAAAAGACAUCCCUCCAAGGAAAAAGAGGAUCUACACACAUUUCUUCCUGGGCAAUGGGGCUGGCUUUGAAAAAAUUGUCCACAAGAGCAAAGUUGAAACAAUCACAAAAGCGUUCUCAGUUUCAGAAAAACGUCAGAAAUGGUUCAGUGGAGAAGUCUGGAAAAUGCCAGAAAUUGCUAAAUUGCUGAGACGUGUCCCAGGGUGGACAGAGGAUGAGAAGGUCUUUCUAGAGAUUCCCACAGAUAAGACAUUUCAGAUCCCAGCUCUGAAUCCAUCCACUAUACCACACAGCAAUGAGAAUGUCACCUUUUACCUGGGCUUUACUUUAAAAGGACCUGUUGCCUACAACAUUACAGUUAGAAAAUAAUUAAAGCUAGCACAAAAUUUGGUAUAAGCAGUUAGAGAAGAAUCAGAAAUGGUUUUCAGAUGAUGUAUAUCUUGCAUUGUUUUUAAGAGACUUUUAAUCAGUUGAAGAAAAGAACCUCUACAAAGCAAUAAUCAAUCUUUUUAUUUUGUAUGAUAUGUAUAUGAUUGGUAACUAAAUAUUACAUUAGCCAAAAUAACACAGUAUGCUGUUUUUUUUCUUUUACAUCUAGAAGUUAUUUUAACUGUCAAAAGUAAUAAAACUUCUUACAAAAUGUUAUUGUAAAUUAACUUAAAGGUACGUUUCAAGAUACUUGUUCUCCUAAUAUGGAGAUGUGAGCAGCAAAUACUUUGUAUGAUGAUAUUUGUAUGUUUGUGAUAUUUUUGUGUAAGGCAAGGCAAGUUUAUUUAUAUAGCACAUUUCAUACACAAGGGUAAUUCAAAGUGCUUUACAUAAAAUGAUUGACAGAAAGAAAUUAGAUGUAUCUUUUAAAACUGUGAAUACUGAUGUGAAGCAAAGAAAAAAACGUCAAUUUCUAAAUAACAGUCAUUCAUCAGUCAUAUUUAGUCAUACUUUAAACUGAUCUGAAGAAAGACUUUGUUUUUAUUAUAUGUACUACUAUACACCAUAUUUAUGUUAUUUAUUAAACUGCUCACUAUUAUGUUUUUUUCAUGACCAAAUAAUUAAUAACUAUUAAUGUAUUAUUUGUUACUAUAUAAAGUAAUUUUGGCCAUACACGAGAGUCUCAAUCUCUUCUGGGAAUUAUCAAUAUAGGCUAUAUAAGUUGACAUGUAUUCCUUACUAUUUUAUACAUUUUAAGCAAGACUCUGUUUCUGGCAGUUGUCACAUCCAAACCACAAGAGGGAGAUAGAGGCACAUAAAUACAACACUGUAACCUGUUUUUACUGUAUAUCAAUUUAGGAAAAUGGAAACAAAUGCU